GAUGUUACUGCUGGACUAUGGAAAAUAUGCUCAUCUACCGUUGAAAGAGACAACUGUACGAAUUCGCUCGGUAAAAAAGGUAAGAACUGAACGUAAACUGAGGUCAUGUUUAGAAACUAUUCAUGCAAACGAUUCGCGUCUAUUUGCGAACGAUGUUGCAAUUCGUCAAGUUCAAACCGUCUACUACGGAGAACAUUUACAGCCUGAGGAAAUUUUCGGAGGCAGAACAAAGAGAAGAGAAAUAUCUAAGGAAGCCGUAUCGUUAGAAGCCGGUAAGGCAUAA